GACUGAUCCUUUCUCACCUCCGUUCCCCGGGCCGAACGGGGCGGUUGUGCUCAGGCGUUCGGCGCGGGCAGCCCGGGACCUGGCAGCCGGCGGCGGGGUCCUUCCUCGGCUGGCGGAGGGGCCGGGCCGGAGCGGAGCGGCGGCGGCCGGCGGCUUCGGGCGAAGAUGGCGGACGUGCUGAGCGUGCUGCGGCAGUACAACACGCAGAAGAAGGAAAUCGUGGUGAAGGGCGACGAGGUGAUCUUCGGCGAGUUCUCCUGGCCCAAGAACGUCAAGACCAACUAUGUCAUCUGGGGGACAGGGAAGGAAGGUCAGCCCAGGGAAUACUACACUUUGGAUUCUAUCUUGUUCCUCCUCAAUAAUGUGCACCUUUCACAUCCUGUUUACGUCCGUCGUGCUGCAACUGAAAACAUUCCUGUGGUAAGAAGACCUGAUAGGAAGGACUUGCUUGCAUACCUAAAUGGGGAAACAUCGACAUCAUCAAGCAUAGACAGAAGUGCUCCACUUGAAAUUGGUCUUCAACGUUCCACUCAAGUUAAAAGAGCAGCAGAUGAAAUAUUAGCGGAAGCAAAGAAGCCAAGGAUAGAGGAUGAAGAGUGUGUGCGCCUUGACAAAGAGCGGUUGGCAGCUCGGUUGGAAGGACAUAAAGAAGGUAUCGUGCAGACAGAGCAGAUCAGGUCCUUGUCAGAAGCCAUGUCAGUGGAAAAAAUUGCUGCUAUCAAAGCAAAAAUCAUGGCAAAGAAAAGAUCCACUAUCAAAACAGAUCUGGAUGAUGACAUAACUGCUCUUAAACAGAGAAGUUUUGUUGAUGCUGAAGUGGAUGUAACCAGAGAUAUUGUCAGCAGGGAGAGAGUAUGGAGGACAAGAACUACAAUCUUACAGAGCACAGGCAAGAACUUUGCCAAGAAUAUUUUUGCGAUUCUUCAAUCAGUAAAAGCCAGAGAAGAAGGCCGAGCACCCGAGCAAAGACCUGCACCAAAUACAGCACCAACAGAUCCCACUUUACGAAAUAAGCAACCUAUUCCAGCUGCCUACAACAGAUACGAUCAGGAAAGAUUCAAAGGCAAAGAGGAAACGGAGGGCUUUAAAAUUGAUACCAUGGGCACCUAUCAUGGAAUGACUCUGAAGUCCGUAACGGAAGGUGCUUCUGCUCGAAAAACACAAACACCAGCAGCACAGCCUGUACCACGGCCAGUUUCUCAAGCGAGACCACCUCCAAACCAGAAAAAAGGAUCUCGAACACCCAUAAUCAUUAUUCCAGCAGCCACGACCUCUUUAAUAACAAUGCUUAACGCAAAGGACCUUCUGCAAGAUCUGAAGUUUGUACCAUCAGAUGAAAAGAAAAAGCAAGGCUGUCAACGCGAAAAUGAAACUCUAAUACAGAGAAGGAAGGACCAGAUGCAACCUGGGGGAACUACAGUCAGCGUUACCGUACCCUACCGAGUAGUAGACCAACCUCUGAAACUUAUGCCACAAGACUGGGAUCGUGUGGUGGCAGUGUUUGUACAGGGUCCUGCUUGGCAGUUCAAAGGCUGGCCGUGGCUCUUGCCUGAUGGAUCACCUGUUGAUAUCUUUGCAAAGAUUAAAGCUUUUCAUCUCAAAUAUGACGAAGUACGUCUGGAUCCAAAUGUACAGAAAUGGGAUGUAACAGUGUUAGAACUAAGCUACCACAAAAGACACUUGGACAGGCCAGUAUUUCUACGCUUCUGGGAAACUUUAGACAGGUAUAUGGUAAAGCAUAAAUCACACUUGAGAUUCUGAAUCCUUCAGCUGCCGUUUAUUUCCUGGAGUAUGGAUUGAGAACAAUGAAAGAGACUCCAGUUUGGAGACCAGAGCUCGCACUAUAUGUUAUGUCAAUAACUUUACAAAUGAAGAAGGGUCACAGUUGAAACUUUUUAUAAUAUCUGGUUUGGAUGCUUCAUGGCAGGUUGAUACCUGUUGUUAUUCAGAAGCAAAGGGGUUUUGCUUAAAACUAUUUUUUUAAUGUUGUUAGCCUUCUAGUCUGCAAUUCAAAUUGUAUAUUUUGAUAGCAGCAGUUUCUUCUCUGUUUUGUUAAAUUAGGCACAUUUUUAAAUAAUGUGUUAUGUUCCUUAUUAGAAAAUAGAUUGAUCUUCACUGCAGGUUACAAACGUGUGUGUGCCUGUGCGCAUGUGCGCACGUGUGUGUGUAUAUAUGUGUGUAUGUGUCUAUAUAUAUAAUGUAUAAAAAAAAUUAUAGACACGCUAACGCACACAUAGUUAUUACCGAGGCUUUCUAAACCACUUAGCUUCUGAGCUUAGUUUUGGUUUUCUUUGCUUAUUGUUUCACUUACUGAAAAUAUUUUGUUGUGAAUGAAUUUACAUUUUAGUCAAUAGGACUUGCAAACAGAGAAAAGUGAAGAUUGUUUUGGAAAUCAAAAUGUCAACCUGUAUAUGUAUAUUCUGUCAGUCUUGGAAAAAGGGAAGAUGAAAAAGCUAGAAACUGACUUGGAUUUGUGAUGUCCCACUUUACUGAAUCUUCAAACUUUAAUACAAAUACCUUCAAGUCAUGGUAAUUUUAAAUCUCCAUUCUCCACGCAAGUCUCUUUAUUUAAGCUGGAACUAUGCAUGUAUAUGUUCCCAUCUCUCAAAAUAUCUUCAUACAAGUCUAGGAGUUACCUGGAUUGAACAAGGAAUAGGAAGGGACAGAGUUUGGAUUUUUUUUUCCCUGGAAAUGGUCACCACAAGGAGGAGUAAUGUUAACUUCUUUGCAUUUAUACCUGUAAUAUCACUGCUAAUAUUAAUUUCCUGUGACAAAAGUCACCCAAACUAUGUCUACAGGAGUUGUCAUUUCCUGAUAUGUGUGGCUAAUAAGGCCUCCUCCUAACAGUCCUGCAUCAGAGUGGAAAAUGAGUUUACCCAAUUUACCAAAGAACAGAUUUGCUUGAGCUACAGUAUAACUGAGGCCAGAAGAUCAUGGUAUUUGUAUGGGUUUAUGGUACUUGUGUAUCUAUUUAAUAAUGUUGCAUACCAGUUGAUGUAGAGAAUGAUCCAAUAUUGUAACACCUGCAUGGAUUUUUUGGGAUAUAAAAUACAUGUUUAUAUUCCGUUCUUGAAAUCCAAAAACAUGUUUUUUUAAUAUACUUUACAUUUAAGAUUUGACAAAAGUAAAAUGGUCUACCUGUUCUUUAGUUUCGCUUUUUAUUUGAUGUUACCUUCAUUUGAAUGAAUCCAGAAGCCACGUUUCCUUCAGAGGUUUUUAAGAUUGUCUUAAAUUUAUAUGAGGACUGUUAAAUCUGAAAGGUUUUUAAAAAUGUUUCUAUCCAUGCUGUAUUAGGUUUACUAUCUUUAAAUUUAGCCAGUUAUCUUGAUGGAAAUAAAAAUGGGGGAAAAAAAAUGACUCCAAGAUUAGAAAUUGUGACUGAAUGAUUUGAACAGAUUCUGCAAAGAGGCUGAGAAGAGCAAGCAAUACAGAGCUCAUUUAAAAUGUUCUCUUAUUUGUAUGGGCAGUUUGGUCAGUACCAUGUGACUUUUUUUCCUAACACCUUAGCUUUAUUAGAAGUGUAUGUGUGUCAUAUCUGAGUGAGAUAAGACAUUCAGUAUUUUGUUCUAUCCUGUGCUAUGUUUAGAAAAACUGUACUGGCUAUCAGCACUGCAGUCAGUACUGUAAGGAGGUGGUAAACUUAGGGUUUGUUACUACUUUAAAUAGAGAGAGAUCCUAAGUGGUUUUUUGACUGACGUGUUUCCAAUUAGAAAUGUAAGGGUUUUUUUGGACUUCAACAGCCCAUGGAAUUUUAAAGAAACUUCUACAAUGGGCAGCAAACUUAACAUACUGAACUUUGACUAUAAGUGCUUCAUGUGCACUGUGGUGUAAAGACUACAUAAUAGUCUUAAAAUAAGCAAACUCUAUUUCUCCUUCUCUGUGCCCUGUAUUUCACUUGUGCUUUAAAAAAGUGUAGUAUAGGAUCCAAUAUUGUACGCAGAAGAUGGUUUGUAGAUGUAAAUUUAUGUAUAUACUGGGAGUAGCUCCUCUGAAAGGAAUGAAGUUACAUGGAUGUGAAACUAGCAAAAGAGGCAAAUCUGUGCAAUCUUUAUAGCAAGUGUGCCAUUUUUUUAUGGAUUGAACACAGACCUUUGACAUCGUUGUGUUUUUGUACUUGGAGGGAAUUUACAACACAAAUUUAAAAUGUGUUUGUGGAGGAGGUGGCACCUGAUCAUCUCUGACUGCAUCUCUUUGUCAGUCAUAACAGUAGUGAUGUUUAUAAAAUGAGCCAUUUUGCAAUCAGAUUCCUGCUGACAUUAUUGGAAGUUUAAUUAGGUUGUCAGAGAAUUGCAUUCCUACUGACUUGAGAAAUAUCUGCACGUAGACUAUGAAACUGCGUGGUCUUGAAAAUUUAGCCUUACAGCAGCAUUUUGCAACACAGCUGGAUUUUUUGACACUUAUGUUAUGCUUAAUUUAUCUACGAGUUAAUGUAGAGUAAUAAAGUAAGAACUGGGGAAGCUGCAGGAUCAGACAUCUGUUUUAGUGAGCUGUAUUCUUAUUGUUGAGCAAGUUUGACACUUAGAAGUGUAUAAAGUGUGUAAAUUGUACUCAAUUAAAAUGUAUCACUAAAACUGAGCUACUUUACUGACUGUAGUUUAUUGAAGAGUGGAAUGAUACUAGUGUGCAAAUUGAAUUAGCUGUUUCUAUUAAAUAUCUUAAGUGUCAUAACUCCACACUGUUUUAUAAGUACACAACGAAAAAGAUGAAACAAGAUAAGAUGAAAAUAUGUUUGAAAACUGUUACUGAGCUCCUGUACUGUCAGCAGGUGAUUUCUUGAUUUUUUUGUGGCGAGGUUUCAGAUACCAGUAGAGAUAUCAAAAGUAAUGAUUUCAUAUUAAGACCUACGAUACCUGUGAUUUAUACUGCUUGAACUUUCUGAAUGCUACCCUAAACAAAGCAGAAUUUUUUCAUAAGGUAAAGGAGGACAAGUACCUUUUAAGAUGGACUUAAAUACCUGAAUAAAUUGCAGAUCAGUGUCCUCAAGGAAUAAGCUCAGCUCUUUAGUUAAUACAUGAAAAUUUUUGUAGCAAAAUGCUUUGAAAAAAUAGACACUCAAGUCAUUGCUGGAAACGGACAACUUAUAGAACUGUUCUGCAAAGCUGUAAACCUUUUUAUUUCUGAAUGUAGAAGAAAAUGUAGAUAGCAGACAGUGUUAAGUUGCCCUUGAUUAUAAGUUCAACUAAAAUGUGGUAUUUGUCUUAAGAUAAGCCUUAAUCAGAGUAGAAAAAUUGUUUUUGGCUUUCAUUUUGUAUGCAUGGUAUAAAAUAUUACUAUUCUCUGCAAUAUAUAUUUCAUUACAGCUUUCAUUCUUUUGCUGGUGAAAUAUGUACUUAGUUACUGAUUCUUGAGAAUCUAUACAAAAAAAAACCUGGUCAAAAUUAAUGGCUUAGUGAUUUUAAAUUUUAAUGUCAUGAAUGCAUUUUAAUUCAAAAGCCAUAACUAAUGCCAAGUACUUUAUUAGAGCAAUGUGUUCGUGAAAAAUUAAAAUCACUGCCUGAAGAAACUGUUGGCCAAGUGGGUUACAGUUCAGCUAAUCUUUGGAAAAAGGUACCACAAAAUCUCUGAAUAUCAUAUUCUGAGUUGUUGAUUUGUUAUUUAAUUGUUUUGAAGAGUAGCAGUUUUGUUUUUGGUUUUGAACAUACAUGUAAUUUAACAGAAUCAUUGAAGGGCUUGGGUUGGGAGGAAACUUAAGGAUCAUGAAGUUGCAACCCCCCUGCCACGGGCAGAGUUGCCAAGUGCUAGAUCAAGUAGUAGAUCAGGUUGCCGAGGGCCCCAUCCAAUGUGGACUUGAACACCUUCAGGGAUGUGGCAUCCACAACCUCUGUAGACAACCUGCUCCAGACCCUCACCACCCUCUCAGAAGAAAAACUUCCCCCUGACAUCUAAGCUAAAUCUCCCUUUCAAUAUUGGAAGGCUGCCCUAAGGUCUCCCGCAGCCUUCUCUUCUCCAGACUGAACAAGCCUAGCUCAUUCAGCCUGUCUUCAUAGGAGCGGUGCUUCAUCCCUGUGAUCAUCUCUGUGGUCCUCCUCUGGACCCAGCAGAUAUCCAGGCGGUUGAAAUCAGACAUCAGGAUGAGAGCCUGCAAGCGUGACACUUCUUGCAGGUGAAGCAAGAAGGCCUUGUCAACAGCUCCCCUUGAUUAGGUGGCUUGUAGUAGACUCUGACCACUAGCUGUUUGAUACUGGUUUUCUCCUUAAUCUUAACCUGCAAUAGUGACUGUAUAGUUUGACCUUUUUGGUAAGUUCUACCUUAUGACUAUUAACAUAAUAUGAUAAUUGAAGCAGAGAUUGAAAACUGAUGGCUUUAAGUAUGGAGAUGUUUAAGUAGAGUUCAUGUACUUGACAACCAUAAGCGAUUUCUCAUUGGAACCAUGAUCCAGUGGGUAACAUAGAGUCUAUUGUUCAGCUGUCAUUGCAUUGUCUGUAAAUUGUUCUCUCAAUGGUAACACUACUGUAGAAGUAAGUUUUGAGAAUAAUGAUGCUUAAGCAAAAUGAAUUGGUAAGUAGUAUGUGGAUAUAGGCUGUACCUCCAAACUGAUUUAAUGCAUUCACUUUUCAUAUUAAUAUUAUUUUCAUAAGCAUACAAAUCCACAGAACAACUUCAAAUUUUUGAAACUACAAUGUACAGACUAGUUCACGUGUAAAACUGAAAGAUAUGAGGCGAUACAUACAAUCAAAAAUAAAAAACAGCUUGGGUCGUU